AUGAUGUUCACUGCUUUAAAUUUUGAUAGAACGAACCUUCAACAAGCUCUUUCUGACAAUUUCUUGGAAGAUUUGAACUUGACUACUAAUCAAUUGAAUACUGGAAAAACCAUUAAUUUGGUGUGUUUCCUAGUGGCAGAACUACCUUCGCAAUUAAUUUCCAAAACAGUAGGAGUUGAUAUUUGGAUUCCUACUCAAAUGGUUUUGUGGAGUAUAGUUGCAAUGUGUCAGACAGCUAUUACUGGGCAGAAUGGAUUUUACGUCACUCGAGCCUUAAUUGGUUUAUUAGAAGGUGGAUUUAUUUGUGAUACUUGCUUGUGGGUUAGUUAUUUCUUCACUUCAAAAGAUUAUACUAAGAGGAUGUCAUUCUUUUAUGCUUCAAACCAGAUUACAUCUAUUAUUUCUAGUUUAUUAGCCUUUGCUUUGUUGGAGAUUAAAACUUCAGCCUUAGGAGAUGGUUGGAGAUGGUUGUUCCUUAUUGAAGGUGCGUUUACCUUGAUUAUUGGCAUUGCCUCUUGGUUCUUAAUGCCUGCUUCACCAGUACAAACUAAAACCUGGUAUCUGCCAAAAGGUUGGUAUACUGACAGGGAGGAAAAGAUAGUGGUUAAUAAAGUAUUACGCGAUGAUCCAAAUAAAGGUGACAUGAAUAAUAGACAACCUGUUAAUUUAAAAGAAUUGUUUAAAGCAUUUUUUGAUUAUGAUUUAUUCCAAAUUUAUAUUAUUUGUUUCCUUAUUGAAUUGAGUUCAGGUCCUGUCAGGGCGUACUUGCAAUUAUCUCUUCGUCAACUUGGUUUUUCCACUUUUAAAACAAAUGCGCUUUCGAUACCUAGCUCAAUUUUAAGCCUUAUAACGAUGGUCCUAUUCUCGUAUCUUUCCGAAAUAAUAAAUUCACGUUCAUUACCCUUUGCAUUUAAUGCAAUAUGGUGUCUAUCUACUUUGAUUCCUAUGAGGUAUUGGCCAGGAUCUGGAAAACAAGAACAUGCUUGGGGAACGUUUGCACUUUUGACCGUUUUGUUGGGCCAACCGGCAUUUCCAGCUUUGUCAACUACCUGGGUCUCUGCUAAUUCAAACCCCGUGAAAACCAGGGCAGUUUCUACAGCUGUGGUGAAUAUGUUUUCACAGUAA